GAGCCAGCAGGGCCACCCAUCCAGACACCUUGCAGCAGAGCCUUCUAGAAGAAGCCUCACCCAGCCUUCAUACCGAUGCCCUCCUGUGCAUACUGCUGCAGCUGCGGUCCCAAGAUGCCAGCUCUCCAGCUGCUGUUUCUGGCCUGCCUGGUAUGGGGAAUGGGGGCCAGGACAGCACAGUUCCGAAAGGCCAACGAUCGGAGUGGUCGAUGCCAGUACACCUUCACUGUGGCCAGCCCCAGUGAAUCUAGCUGCCCAAGGGAGGACCAGGCCAUGUCAGCCAUCCAGGACCUUCAGAGAGAUAGCAGCAUCCAGCAUGCAGACCUAGAGUCCACCAAGGCCCGGGUCAGAUCCCUGGAGAGUCUCCUCCACCAGAUGACCUCAGGCGGAGUUACUGGGACCCAGGAGGUCCAGGAGGGGCUACAAGGCCAGCUGGGUGCCCUGAGGAGAGAGCGGGACCAGCUGGAGACCCAAACCAGGGAUCUGGAGGUAGCCUAUAACAAUCUCCUGAGAGACAAAUCAGCUUUGGAGGAAGAGAAGAGGCAGCUGGAACAAGAGAAUAAAGAUUUGGCCAGGAGGCUAGAAGGCAGCAGCCAGGAGGUAGCAAGGCUGAGGAGAGGCCAGUGUCCCUCAACCCACCACCCCUCUCAGGACAUGUUGCCAGGCUCCAGGGAAGUCUCUCAGUGGAAUUUGGACACGUUGGCUUUCCAGGAACUGAAGUCAGAACUAACAGAGGUUCCUGCUUCCCAAAUCUUGAAGAAUCAAUCUGGUCAUCCCAGGAGCAAAGAGGGAGACAAAGGAUGUGGAGUGCUAAUGUGGGUAGGAGAGCCAGUCACCCUGAGGACAGCUGAGACAAUCACUGGAAAGUAUGGAGUAUGGAUGAGAGACCCCAAGCCCACUCACCCCUACACCCAGGAGACCACUUGGAGGAUUGACACGGUUGGCACAGGCAUCCGCCAGGUGUUUGAGUACAGUCAGAUAAGCCAGUUCGAGCAGGGCUAUCCUUCAAAGGUCCAUGUGCUCCCCCAGGCACUGGAAAGCACAGGUGCUGUGGUGUAUGCAGGGAGCCUGUAUUUCCAGGGUGCUGAGUCCAGAACUGUGCUCAGGUAUGAACUGAACACAGAAACAGUGAAGGCAGAGAAGGAAAUUCCUGGAGCUGGCUACCAUGGACAGUUCCCAUACGCAUGGGGUGGCUACACAGACAUAGACUUAGCUGUGGAUGAGAGUGGCCUCUGGGUCAUCUAUAGCACAGAGGAAAACAGAGGAGCCAUAGUCCUCUCCAAAUUGAACCCAGAGAACCUGGAACUUGAGAGUACCUGGGAGACCAACAUCCGUAAGCAGUCUGUGGCUAAUGCCUUUGUUAUCUGUGGCAUCUUGUACACGGUGAGCAGCUACUCUUCAGUCCAUGCAACCAUCAACUUUGCCUAUGACACUAACACUGGGAUCAGCAAGACCCUGACCAUCCCAUUCAAGAAUCGCUACAAAUACAGCAGCAUGGUCGACUACAACCCCCUGGAGAGGAAACUCUUUGCCUGGGACAACUUCAACAUGGUCACCUAUGAUAUCAAGCUCUCAGAGAUGUGAGGAGCCUCUAUCCCUACCAGAGAAGGCAGAAAAAGGGGGAAGUUCCAGGCUCCCAGGUGAAGCAGCUGCAAGAGGAGGCAGCCAGAUGCUGGGGGCUUCUGCUUCUCAAGAUUUUGUUUGUCCAGGUCAAUACCUCGGGGCUUGUACAGUUGCAUAUAUUCUGCUCUCUUCUGUCAGCUUUCAAAGGGGUGUUCAUCUUUUAAAAAUCAUAUAGUGUAGCAGUCCAGAGAAAAACUAGAAGUGUUGUUUCCUCAUGAAACCAUUGCUUUUGCAAGCUGUAUGGUUACUACAAACCUUGAGAGGCAGCAACAGUUCUACCAAGAGGAGGGAGAUAACGGGGAGGGGGUGACCACCACUCCUGUGGUUAGAACUGCUCCUGCAGUAUUUACUCCAGUUUCUAAGGCUACAGAUAUAGCAUGUACAUUAAACCCUUUGCCCUGUGAAAUAAAGUUAUCUUACACGACGUUA